GUUGGAAUGACGUAGGCUACCACAACCGUGACAUCAUCAGCCCUCACAUUGACGCGCUGGCCAAAUCUGGCGUGAUAUUGGACCAGUACUAUGUACAGCCACUCUGUUCUCCGUCAAGGUCAGCUUUCAUGACAGGCUACUAUCCCUUUCACACGGGUCUGCAGCCGAUGGCUUUGACUUCCGGAUGAACAAAGAAGUGUACAGAGAAGGUGUGGGGACUUAUUCUUCUUUCCAGUUUGCGGACCGCGUGGAUGAAAUCGUCAUGGAUCAUGAUCCAAAGAAUCCACUCUUUCUCUAUCUUGCCUUCCAGAACGUUCACAUGCCGCUGGAAGUAUGUUUCUUUGUUUGUCAUGUUGUAACAGUGAAACACUCAACUAUACGUACAUUACACCCAACUAUACAUACAGCUGGGUCGAAAGCCUGCCUCCCAAAUAAUCUAAAUUGUGUGGAUAGGGGUAUAAUAACAUGUGCAUUAAAACCAGAACAAAAUCUCUCAGGCAUGGUGACGGCAUUAGACGACGCGGUGGGCCGGCUGGUCAGUGUCCUGAAGAGGAAAAAUCUGUACGAGAACACGUUGAUCAUCUUCACGUCUGACAGAAUCUGUACAUAA